AUGUCGCCAGAAAUCCCAGCAGUGAAAUUGGAGCUCGACCCUUCGCUCUAUGCCCCAACCGACGAGGAACGAGCGUUCUACAAGUCGCAAACGGGCAUAGCAAGCGAUGAGGAGCUGAGAGAACAUAUUAUUGCGGUGCAGCAACAAGCGUAUAAGGUGUACCCGUACCCGUGUAUCUGGGCCUUCACCUUCACCAAACUGAUUAUAUCCCUUCUACCCGCCUAUCCGCGUGCCUUGGCCCUUGGGAAAGAACGCAAGGGCGCUAUCUUCUUGGACCUGGCUUGCUGCUUCGGGAAUGACAUCCGCAAGGCUGUUGCAGACGGCUUCCCGGCCAAACAAGCUAUUGCGUCCGAUUAUCGAGGAGACUUCUGGCAGCUCGGCCAUGAGCUGUUCAAGUCCACGCUAGAGAGCUUCCCGGUGGCGUUCGUUGCUGGAGACGCUUUCGAUGAUCACUUCAUCAGCCCCGCGCCAGUUGUUUACGCGAAACCGACGACCCCAGUCCCUAUGUUGCCAUCGUUAACAUCGCUAGCGCCGCUGCAUGGCCAAGUCGCAGCAAUACAUAUGUCCUCAUUCUUUCAUCUCUUCACCGAGGAAAAGCAAAGAGAGCUUGCUAAGCGCGUCGGAGCCCUCUUAUCACCGGAGCCCGGCUCCAUCAUCUUCGGUGCCCACAUUGGCGGCAAGGAGAAAGGGGACCUGGUGAACAGCCAGUCUUAUAGAGUUGUGCUCCACGAAGCGAAUAUGUUCGGUCAUUCGCCGGAGAGCUGGGAGGCACUUUGGGACGGUGAUGUCUUUAAGAAGGGUUCCGUGAAGGUGGAAGCCAGUUUGUCGAAGGCUAGCUUAGGGAAGUGGAAUGCGGACAUGCUGGUGUGGUCCGUGACCCGACUAUGA